AUGAAGCGCACAUUUUCAGGUGAUGAAUUUGAUACAAAUGCUGAUGGUCUUGGCAACUCCAACUCCCAAAUGACAGACAUUGCUAAAAAAAGUCGUUCUGAACCAGCAUUACCUUCUCGUGUUGUUCAUUUACGAAAUAUAGAAGCCAGUGAUCUUGAAGUUGUUCAACUUGGUCUUCCAUUCGGUCGUGUAACAAAUUUUUUAAAUUUACGUAAAAAAGCACAGGCUUUUCUUGAAUUUGAUGCAACGGAUUCAGCAAAACAAAUGGUUGAUUAUUUUACAUCAAUGCCAGCUAUGCUGAAUGGUCGACAAGUAUUUGCACAAUUUUCAAAUCAUGGUGAACUUCGUACAGAUCCAACCAAUCGUACAAAUCAACAAGCACAUGUUGCUUUAGUACAAGCUACUGAUCUUUAUGAAACAGCACAAAAAGGUGGACCAAAUUGUGUAUUGCGUGUUAGCAUUAUGAAUAUGUUAUUUCCUGUUACUAUUGAUGUAUUGUAUCAGAUCUUUAGUAAAUUUGGUACAGUACUUAAAAUUAUUACAUUUACAAAAAAUGAUAAAUUUCAAGCAUUAAUUCAAUCAAAAGAUCCAACUGGAGCCGCACAAGCAAAACUACAAUUACACGGACAAAAUAUUUAUAAUGGUUGUUGUACACUUCAAAUUGAAUAUUCAAAACUUCAUUCGCUUACAGUUAAAUUUAAUAAUGAUAAAAGUCGAGAUUAUACUAAUCCGACAUUACCAUCAGGUGAAGGACCUAUAUCACAACAACAAGAACUAGGCAUGUUGAUAUUCUUUGAAUAUUUUAGCUAUCGAAAUUAUCAAUUUGUUUUUGUUUUAGAACGAAUGCAUUCAAAUCCUAAUCUUCUUCCAUUACAACGAUCAAGUUCUAAUGAAGAUUAUCGUUAUGAUUAUUAUACGGCAUCAACUCGUGGUAGACCUCCAUCAGCUACAGGAACACCUAGCUAUGAAAUGCAAGCUAUUUUUCUUCAAACAGGUGGUAAUCAUUUAAUGAGUCCAUUACAAGCAACAUCAGCUGCAUAUAAUCCAAUGACUGGUGCAGCGCCUCCUCCAUAUGGUCAUCCAUAUGGUUCAACUCAUCAAGCUCCACCUAUGCAUACGUUGCCACCAAGUCAUGCAGCAGCUGCUGUACAUAUGCAGGCUGUUCAUCAUCAAGCUCAACAACAACAUAAUCUAUCGGUACAACAAAAUCCACAUAUGAUGCCUGUUCAGAAUGGACCAGUUAUACUUGUAUCUAAUCUCAAUGAAGACAUGACGACUCCAGAGUCUUUAUUCACACUAUUCGGUGUUUAUGGUGAUGUGCAUCGGGUAAAAAUCUUAUUUAAUAAAAAAGAUUCAGCCUUAAUUCAAUUUGCUACACCACAACAAGCAGCUGUUGCUCAUCAAAAUCUUGAUCAUAUAACAAUGUUUGGUAAACAAAUAAAAGUUUCAUUUUCAAAACAUCAAUUUGUACAAAUGCCGAAAGAUGGUACUUCGGAUAUGGGUUUAACUAAAGAUUUUACAAAUUCCCCAUUACAUCGAUUUAAAAAACCAGGUUCAAAAAAUUAUAAUAAUAUUUUUCCACCAGGAACUGUACUUCAUUUAUCAAAUAUACCAAAUGAAACAAGUGAAGAAGAAAUACGAAAUAUAUUUUCUCAAUAUGGUAAAAUAAAACGAUUUAAAUUUUUUGAAAAAGAUCGUAAAAUGGCUUUGAUUGAAAUGGAAACCAUUGAAGAAGCUAUUGUUGCUUUAAUUAAUACACAUAAUUAUCGUUUAGCUGAUUCAAUGCAUCUUCGAGUAUCAUUUUCAAAAAGCAAAUUGUAA